AUUCUCACCUGCACGACCCGUCCAAGAACACUCUCCUAUCUGCCUUUCGAAUCCUCAUCAACGGAUCCUUCCAGCAAGGAGAUCGGGCGUGUUUUUUCAAGAGGGACCGGAACGAGAGACAAAGUCGCGCGAAGGUAGAGAGCAGAUUCGACACCACAGCCUGACGACAACAAUGAGGUCCGUGCCGCCCCACCACCAGCACGAGCCGGAGGAUUUUAUUCUCCCCCGUCUCUUUGAAUCCCUCGGUCUCACCAGCAACGCCAAGCUCUUCGGCGAGGCCCAGCCCUCCGUCGGGUGGGGGCAAGGCAGGGCGAAAGAUGCGGCAAACAACAACCCUUACACGGAUUAUCCCCGCGACAAGAAGAAGCAGAAGAAGGGCAACAGCAAGACUAAGGCUCGCGGGGCGGGAUACAACCACCUCACGAUCAUCGCCAGGUCGGGCGAGGUCGUCGCCUGGGGGUUCAACAGCUUCUCCGCGGGUCCUCGGGCCAGCGUGCACAGCGAGGUCGCCGCGCUCCGGGCCCUCUUCAGCUGCUACGACAAAGCGGGGCGGACGGGUGGCAGGGGGCGGGGAGGCGCUCACCGCUCGGAGGGCUUCGACCUCGUCAACGUGCGUUUCACGUUCGACUCCUUGAGGAUCUCGAGGCCCUGCCGGCGGUGUUGGCUGUUCCUGAGCAAGCACCUGUGGAGAUUCCGGAGGGUGAUGUACACCACCUCCGACGGCCUGGUGGUGUGCAUGUCGGCGGACGAGUUCGCCAGCACUCCCUCCGAUCACGUCUCGAAGGGCCACCGCCCGGACUACUGCAAAUGCGGCGGUGCUGUUGCCCGCGGCGCCUCCGCCAGUUGUAGCCCUCGAAAAAAGAAGAAGGUGGUUUGCGGCGGUGCGUGCUCGCACGUGACGCGUCACGCGGGUUACUGCUGCUGACGCGGGUGGGUUGGGGACAACGGGGCACGAGUCCAGGGUAGUUCGGAAUGAACUACACACACGGGUGUUAAUUCUUUUGGCUCGGCCGCUUGCCGCUCGCUGUGUGUGUGUUGAAACACUUGCUUUGCUGCUCCCCAGCGCAAGAAGUAGCACAUUAUCACGGAAGCGGAAGCAGGCGGCGGCCACCUUGAUUGGGCGGGGGAGGGGAGAAGGGCAACAGGAGGUGUCUUCUUGAAGGACUUCGGACCCACGCCUAGCCCCCAGCCUAGCCCUACACUUUCUUAUGGGAUUGCCUCCAAGGUCAUCUCACAAACCGUUCGGGCGCCGUUGCUCUUAGUCGCUGCAACGGAGACCUGUCCUUGUGCAAACCUGUGGGGAGGGGGGACGGAGAAGAGAGCGGAGCGAGUGCGAUGAAGGUUUCGCGAAGGGGUAUUUUUUUUUCUGCCGAUUUCGGUCAACACGGCGUUUAUUUUUUCCGUCGAAACUUGAGUGCCACGCCGCCCUGACUGUAUGGCAGAAUGGUUAGGAAAAGGGCUUUAGAACGUACACACGUGGAAAAAGUGCGGCAGCAAAGCAGCCUGCCUUGUCUUCCACUCUUCCCCGUUAGAUCCUGGUUAACACACGGGGCGUCGACGCUAUCAUAGUGCUGCUGGUCGGCACGCCAAGUUCCCGGCGGCCGGGGCCGCGCGACCACGCGAUGCGAUACUACUCUGGCUUAUUCCCUUGUGAAGACCUUCUGACUUCCGUUGGGUGUAAAACGGCGUGCCAGCCCAAUCCAACUGCUGUCACUGCUCUGUCAUCCGUGGCGAAAAGUGUAUUUUGUAUUUUUCCAAAGUAUACCCUACAUUUCAUUUGAUCUGCAACGAAGGAAGGCUGAGCCGUCGAAGGUGGGCGUCGACACCGCCCCCGUUGUAUACGUACCGUGUACCAUCAAGUCGUUUUGGUGUCUGAGGAUUUGCAUGCACGAUGUGGUUGUUGUGUUGACACAUUUUUUUUUUCCGUGUUUUUUUUUUGUGGUUGGGGCAGUCAAGACGCUCGACAACUUUACCGCUGCCUGGUGUCCUGUAUCUUCAAGCGGAUACAUGCAAGGCGGUGGCCCGAGGACGACUGUUCUCGUGCACCCUGUAGUAACAGUGGUUUUCCGCCCGC